UGUUACUCAUCAUGACAAUGGAAAUGACGUCCUUUCUGUUAGUAGCAGUGUAACUGGCGUCCAAAAAUUGACAUUUAAAAGACUAUGUCCAUUGUUAACCCACCAUUGUUUGCAGUGAGGGUUGGACUUAAGCUCUUGCUGAAGCGCCAACAGCUGCAGGGAGCAACAAUAAUAAUGGAUCCUCGCAUGUUCUUCAAUCUUCAGCACCUGCUGCCUCUAGCUACAUCUCAUCACCAUGUGUUGGAAGAACAUCGCCUGGACUAAAUAUGGAAGAAACUUUGGUGCAGGCAUCACCACUUUGCCAUAAUGUUCAACAGGUAUUUAACUAUUAAUCACUACAACACUAAUCUGGAAAAGAGCAUUCCGCUGAAAAUUAAAGUUUUUUUCUGCAGCCAUCUAUUCAAACGCAGAAGGAUGAGUUAGCUAACACACAAACCAGGAUAUAAAUCCCGAUGACACCAAAAACUUUGGAUAUGGAAGCCACCAAAAACUAUAUUGCAGAACUGGAUACAACAAAAAGAGACUGGACAAUAACAGCACGAGUAACACGCAUGUGGGAAGUCCGGUACAAACCGACAAACCCAACACCGGAUACCAUAGACAUGGUGCUUCUAGAUGAACAGGGAUCCCAAAUACAAGCAUUGGUAAAAAAGGCAAUAGUCAGUCAUUUCAAGGACCGACUACAAGAAGGAAGAAUAUAUACAACGACUCAUUUCAAUGUGGGAAAGAACAAUAGGACUCGACUACAAGUGGAGAAUGAGUAUAUCAUUUGGUUCACUUCAUUCACAUCAGUCACGUUACAAGAAGAAAGUUCAGCAGCAAUCCCAUUUCACAAAUUCAACUUACGCCCUAUCGACGACCUAUCUGAGCGAACUAACAAGAUCGAUGUCCUUACAGAGGUAAUAGGACAACUAAUUGGCGUAGAAAACAAAAUCACUCAAAAUCACGACAACAACACGGAUCAAAGAAGGACGAUACACAUCCAAGAUGAAAGGACCAACAAGAUUGCAGUAACUCUAUGGGGACAACAAGCAGAUCUGGUGGCAGACGACGUAGCAGAAAAUGGAGCCCAACCAAAAAUAGUCAUAAUAACAGCCACUCGGGUAACAAUGUUCAAGGGAAAUUACCAACUCAACUCUACAGGAGGAACAAAGCUCUACAUCAAUUUAGAAAUACCAGAAGUCGAAAACUUCAAAAAAAACAUGACUGAUGUCCCACUACAAGAAAUACUCCAUAUUGAAGUCACUCAGCCAGAGAGCUUAGAGGAGGCGAUGACCAAGAAUCGAAAAACAAUCACAGAAUUACAACAAAUAUACAUGGAAGGAGAAGAAAACCAGGAAGCCAAGAAUACUUAUACAUGCGUGGCAAAAAUAGCAACCAUACAUGACCAAGAGUGUGGCUGGAUGUACACGUCAUGUAACAAUUGCAAAUCAAAGAUUGAUGAGAAUCAAUACUGCAACAAAUGCGAAGACGUCCCAGAGUUUCCAAUUGACAGGUACUGAUUAAUUGCCACUAUUGAUGAUGGCAUUGCAACAAUGACUGUGGGGAUAUUCGACAAAGACGUGGAAAAAAUCAUUGGCAAACCAAUAACAUCAAUGGUGAAGAUUUAUAACCAGGACAAUGGACCAGAAAAGGUCGCAAAAGAGCUCCAACAAUGCAUUGGGAAGAAAUGUACAAUGAAACUAAAAGUCAACGACAAAGGAUACAUACAAGAACUAACAGCUAUAAAGGUAUUCCAUAUUGAAACGGAAGAGAAGAGAACACCACAACGACGAGGAAAGGAGAUACUAAGAGAAAUAAAAAAAGAGGGACAACCACCAAAGAAGCAAAAAAUGCACAGCAUCACAACAACAGAGGAAACACCCAUAACAACAGCAGGCACAAACACAAAUCCAGAACCAGUCCAACUUCACGACCAACUUCUGCACCAGGGACAAAGCUCAUGAAACAACAACAAGAAGACAGUUCAAAAACCUCAGCCCAGGGACCAGGGACCUAUGUUAAGUGUUUUAAAAUAAAAUCACAAAACGGAAUGUUUAGAUAAGCAAAGUAGGUAGAACUAUAAUGUGGCUAGAUGAACAUGCCAAGGAGUUGGUAGCUUCUGUCGAGGAAGAUCGCACAACAAAAAGUAGAGGCAAACACUCUCUUCUUUCCAAUUUUACAGCACCGGAAA